GGACAACUAGCAAGAGGAAAAAACCUGCGUGAGAGAAAGGAGGAGGGCAGUGGCAGAGCAGGUGAAAGACACACAGUAUUAGAGCGUUGUGCCUGAUGUCACACUGGCUUGAAGGGAAGUGCUGGAGUGAAUGCCGAAAAAGAAGACUGCAGAGUAAGAAUACAAGUCCAAAAUAGGCCUUGACACAAGCCUCUGCAAAUAGCCUCUACAAAUUCUCUGCAAAGAUGUCUGCUGGCUCUCCAGUGAGCAACAAGACUUCCCGUAGUACAUCUCCACAGCCAGAUAUAGAAGGUAAUGAGGACUCAAAGCCCACUGCAGGAUCUUCGUUUUCCUUACCAUGUUGGGCUACCCAGGCUCUAUGUGAUUUGGCAAGAUGUGAAGCAGACCUCAGGAGUCUGCGGGAGCAACAAGUGACUGAAGCGCAGACAGUAGUUCGGGGUGUGGAGCGUGCACUGCUUGGAGCACAAAGGGAGGAGCACCGUCUACUGGAAAGGGUAGAACAGGAUCACAGGGAUCUACAGCGCAGACUUGAACAGGUGCAGAGGGAGAAUGGAGCAGCCAUAAGGGUUGGACAAAGAUUAGUAGACCAGCGAUUAUAUAAAGUCAUUAAACUUCGGGAGCUAAUAAGAAAAAGUUGUGGUGGCGAUGGUAGUAAAAAUCGAGAGGGGGAUCAGAAGCGGGACCAGCUUCUUAAGGGCGUUACAGAACUGGUCCAGCCUUGGGAAGUCUCACUUACACUCAAACGUGUAUUUUUUAAACCAAGUGCCCAACCAAACGCUGUAACCUUUGGUGAGAUCAGUGUGCAAGAUCACAAUGUUCAUAUUCCUAUUGGAGGCUGUGGGCAGUUGGGGCAAAUGUGUUCCAUCCAUGCCACUGAAAUACACAGUGGGGCUCAUGUCGGUGGAGAAGGUCAGAGUUCGCCUGAUGGAACAAUUCCUGGGCAGAACCAAAUCCUAUCUCCUGGGCUUAAUCAAAGGCACUCAUCAACUAGUGGCAACUUGAGGGUUGUCCGGAAGCUCCGUUUGUCAGCCCGAAGUGAUGAUGAAUCAGGAGAAGAGGUAAAACGCAAGUUCCCACAACUGCGUCACUGGUCCCCUAAACAAGUUCCAUGUGAACGUGACUCAUCACAGGAGGAUGAGUGUGAAUCGCCUACAUCUGAAUGCAAAGGAGAUGAGCUCUUCUUGGCUGUACCAUCCCUCAGUCAUGGUGAUUUAGACGGUGAGGAUUUUGCUUGUAUACAAAAUGAACCAAUCACACAGUUUGGUUCACAGAGAGCAAAAAGGCAAACAGAACUCUCUCCAUCCCCAGAGCCAGGUCACCAAGAACAAGGUGGCUGGUUCUUGAAUCAAUGUGACCAUAAAAAUCAUGCCAGAAGGACCGGAUCUUCAAGAGAAACAUCAAGGUAUGGCACAAACUCAUCACCACAAAGCCCCAGAGAGAGAAUCUCUAGUCAAGGCAGCAGCAGCCACUUCUCUCAUGGCAGGUCUUGCUCCCAAUUAAGUGCAUCCUCAGAUGACCACCCACAAAACCGUGCACCAUCCCCUGCAGACAGUGUAGAUUCUGGGUACACUUUCAUUGUCAGCUCCCCAAGGGAUUUCUCCAACUGCCUGCGUCCUACUGCUCGCCUCUCCAGAUCAGCUGCUGACCUUUCCUACUGUAACAGACCCCUUAGUGAAACCAGAACACCGCAAUCAAGCAUAUGGACUGGUUCCAAGAGUCAUAUGUCCUCAAGUUCCACCUUCCAAAAACAAAGUGAGGUGUCAAGGACUAAAUCCUGUCCCAGUCAUGGUAACUUCUCUCAAAAGAGCACCCAAGCACAUGCUGCUUUCUCCAGCAGAGUGCCUCGUUCGCUUUCUAUGUCUGUUAUCGAUAACCCGUCUCAGAAAAGGCUGAACCACCUUGCAGCAGGACGGCAGAAUUCUCUAAAUGAGAACAGAAUGCGGGGAGAGAGAAGUGAGCCUGCCCUCAUAGUGUUAGAGGAGGAUGAGGAAUCAUUGGCACCAGAGGAGGUGCGUCUUGUCCGGCAGUUUGGUAAACAGGGCUCAGGACGUGCUGAUCUCACGCUGCCCAGUGGUGUCCAUGCAACACCACAAGGUCAACUGUUCAUUGUGGAUUGUGGGAAUGCUCGUGUCCAGGUAACUGAUGCCCAUGGCAACAUCCUACAACAAGUGACUUCGCCAAGUAACGACUUAGGAGGCUCCUCACGACGCUGCCGUAAUUUCUUUGAUGUGGCCGUUAAUGCAAAGGGUCUGAUUGCUCUGAGCUGUGCAGCUGAGAGGGCUCUCCUGAUCCUUAGUCGGCAUGGGCGUCUCCUCCAAACAUUUGGAGGAGGACCCUACAUUGCAGGAGUGCCUCGAGAUGAGUUGGAAGCACCAAGGGGAGUGACAGUCACCCAAAGAGAUGAAUUCCUAGUUGCAGAUAUACGAAAGGGUACUCUUACUGCACUGAAACUUGAGCCUAAAACUGGUUCCAGAUUGGAACGCACUGUGGUGACCGGUUUCCACAGGCCUUAUCUGGUUGCAGCAUGCCUGCACUCUGGUCUGGUCGCAGUGUCUGAGCGAGGCAGUGAAACGGGGCUGGAGCCUUGUGUGAAGAUAUUAGGACCAGGAUGGGACACCCUACGAAUCCUGGGUGUGUGUCCCAGCUUAGGGCCUGUACUCUCCUGUCCCUGGGGCCUCUGCAUUGAUAAGGAUGGGGCUGUGUUGGUGGCAGACUGGGGAGAAAAACAUAGAGUGAUUCUUUAUCCUUCUGAAGGGGCAGGGCGAGUGAUUGUGUCUGAUGGACUGAGCAGCCCUCGGGGACUGGCACUUUUACCACAUGAUCUCCUGGUUGUGUCAGAUAGCGUGCACCACUGCAUUAAAAUGUAUCAGUACAAAUGAGGUUACCAAUAAGCUCAUGAUUCAAAAGAAAGAUGUCACUGUAUGAGAUGAGUAUUUGGCAACAUAUAUUUGCUGCUAGUGCAACAUCAUAAUCCAUGGUAUAUAGCAGGGCUUGAGAACCUACAAUAAGCAAUAACAGUAGAUGAAAAAUGUCGAAAUCCCUAAUUUCUACACACAAAUUAACCACGCACUGUGCAGCAUGACCCAUUUGAUAAUUAAGUAUUCAUAUUCACUUGUGAUCAGUUUUUGACCAGAAUAAUAUUUUGUGGUAUAUUUUUAGGGGUGAAGGUGGUGUGUGUGUGUGACUUUUGUGUGGCAUUUUAUUUACGAAAACUCAUAGAAUACAGUUGACUGACCAUGGCAUGUCAAUGUAGAUUUUCAUAGAGUGUCUUGACAUUAGUUUUGAAUCCCUGGUUGCUUCUAUUGCUUAUAGAUUGUAAUUUCUUUCACAAUACAUGAUUUUUUGACAAUACUAUGCUAUUGAAACCAAAGAACCUUACCAGAAGGAGGCAGUAAUGAUACAUGCACGUUAAUGCAUUUUAUAAUGCUUUGGAAAGGAUCUUUCAUGAAUGAAGAAUGGCAUUAAAAAAUGUCUUAAAGUAAAUUAAACCAUUCACAACAUAAAUGCUUAUAAUGAACAAGGCUUAUGUUCAAAUGUAUACAUUUUGUUUCUUUGCUUUCUAAAAUAUGUACAUUUACAUACAGUAUGUGUAAAUGUCUUUUACUGUUCUUAAGAUAUAACAUUAAAAAAGCUUUUCUGUUUGACCA